AUGAAGCUUGAUGCAGGUGGGCAUGGUCUUCAUGCCUUUUUAGUACAAUGUCAAAUAACACAUUUUGUUUGUGUACAGUGUAGUGACAAUAUAGAUAAAAUAAAUAGAACAUGCUUGGAACCCUGGCAAUUUGACUGGAAACUCAUGGGUACACUCGCAAUGGCUGCCUGGUAUUGUGAUGCAAUAAUUUCCAUGAUAUUUUGGAAUGUUCUAUCAACUGAUGCUGGAUUGCCAAGGUAAUGUAGAAUGUUCAUUCAAAUGAUGCUAACUGUUGUGGCUUAUGCAAUGGAAUGUAUUUUUUGCCAUGUCAGUUGAGUUGUCUCAACAAAUCACAGCACAGAUUGAAGGGUAAACUUCCAGCUUUUACUUUCUGGCAUGGGUCUAGGUUGAAGAUUGAGAAGGUUAAGACAAUGUAAUAUUUCCAUGCAGAAGCGUUCUGAAAUAAACAAAUUCAUUGGACCAGCACCGGAGCGAAAAUAACUGGAAGUGAAUGUUAGCAGUACAGAAAGUUUGCCAUGAAAGUGGAAAAUACACACAAUCGUAGUGAAUUUCAGCCAACUAGUCAGCAAACACAUCGCCUAACUGUUUUAAUGUCGUUCUAUUUAAAUGUCUUUCAAAUGAUCUACAGCCACUUUAUUAAUUGAUUUCCCGACCGCAUGUAAUGUUUUCAAUGCUAAUCCUGUAGUAUUAGCAAUGGCACUGGUUCAAUUAAUGUGUUUAUUUUCUAACGCUGAUGAAUUAAAUUAUAACGUUGUCUUAACCUGUAUUGUUUCGACCUAGGAAUGGGUACACUCAAAAUGGCUGCCAGUCCACCCAUUAUGCCAUCAUUGACUUGAAUGGAGAUGGCCUAUCUAUUCAUUUUAUUGCUAUUGUAGUGACACAGGAAAGCCGAGGUCACACGAAGCAAUCUGGACACAGUUGAUGUUGUUGCAUCUGGGUUGCUCCGUGUGUCACCCCCCAAACAAUAGCCUGCAACUUAGUUGCAUUGCAUCGCAAGAGAUGGAAUCAAUCCUAUUUCACGCAACUGACUUUAUACAAUGUCCAAUCAGUGAGCAGAAAAAAGUUGACAUGACUUGUCAUAUUGUUCCGUUCAGAACUUCGACCCAGUUGUCAUGUCAACACAGCUGUCAGUGCUGCUGCAAACUGCGACAAAAGAGACAUGCCAAAUGGGAAAUGCAUAAAAAAUUAUAGAUAUCAUGACUAGUCAUGUAUAUGGUCUGCCAGUCAAUAAACAUUUUAAAAAGUGAACCCAGACCUUUCUCUGUCUAGUUUCAACUGAAAUUGUCCAACAUGAACUGCAUUAUCUAGCUAGCUUAUUAGCUUGUCGCUAGCUUGGUUAGCUAUCUAGCUAGCUUGGUAAAACUUGGUUGGAAAAUAGGCAACCUUUUGCUAGCUAGGUAAAUUGUACAGCCAGCAUUUUGUCUAUGUCGAUGCUGUUACAAUUAACAAACGUUUGGAUAAACAAAUCAUUUAUGAAACCGUGAUGUAUGACAGGAUUGGAUGUUGCAUGCAAUUUCAAUUACGUUUGAAUUGCUUUGUGUAUCUGCAAACCUGCCUGAGAUGAUGUCACUUGCAACUUGCAUCUGCAACAGAAAUUGCAUCCAAAUUGCUUCGGGUGACACAGCCUUAAUAGAGGUACUGACUGAGAUGUGAUGAGGCAACCUGAAUGUGUCUUUUUGGCAGGAGUUAACAUGUACCAUCAUUUCUGUGACUUUGUCAACCUGUACAUCUCCCAGCACAUCAACAACUCCUUCAGCAGAGACAUCAACAUCCUCAUGUGGGACACGGUAAGUACAAUAUUCUGCAGCCCAUCUCCAUUUCACUGAUCUGAGACGACUGAAUAAGUGCAAGACAUAUGGUGAUGGCUUAGCUGGGCCCUCCAAUAGGCUACUUAAAGAUUCCACCAUGUUGCUGUCACCUCGCAAGCUGAAUGUUUUGUCCAAAGCUGUUUGUACAAAAAGAAGCAAGAGUAUGGUUGUUUACCAGUGUUGUGUAUCGAUGUGUUGUGUUUCACAUUUGACCACUUGCUUGCGGAGGGGAUUAAGGUGAAGCAGUAGGUGUAAAACAGAAUGAUUUAUGGGAAACCUUAUCCUGUCCAGUGUUCCCACCUCUGUCGGUGGAGGUGAAGGAUAAGGGUAAAGAAAAAGGGGGAGAGAGAGAAAAUGACAGCGAGAAGGAAAGGAAUGGCCUUUCAUCUGACAAUAGUGUUGAGCGAGGUCUGUUCGGUUUCGGUUCGCACAUUUUUGUUUUAUCACGGUUUUCGAUUUCGGUUUAGAUUAUUUUUUUAAACAUUAAAUGCACUGUGCAUUAUGUGGGUUGAAUGCUGUAACAACACAGAAUAAAACAAUAAUAUUAAGUCCCGUGAUGAUAAGUGGUGGUAGUGAUUGCCCAUUACUGCUUAUCAAUUAUUAACCAUAAAUUAUUCACAUUACUUUACUUUAAUAAAAUAUUUCAGUUGUUGUGUAUAUUACAUUUGUUUUCUUUGAUGACCUUAUUAUUUCAUUCCAAGUUAUCAUCUCAUCUAGAGAACUGCUGCCUAUGCUGUCUGACAAAAUAACUAUUUUAGUAGUUCUUCAAAGUAAAUAAGGCAUACUUUUAUGACUGCUGAAUACCAAAUAUCAAUCACUUAGAUCAUGUCUUUUCAGGUAGAGAUACUUUUGUAAAUAUAUAGUGUAUGUGGACACCCCUUCAAAUGAGUGGAUUCGGCUAUUUCAUCCACACCCGUUGCUGACCGGUGUAUAAAAUCGAGCACACAGCCAUGCAAUCUCAAUAGACAAACAUUGGCGGUAGAAUGGCCUUACUGAAGAGCUCAGUGACUUUCAAUGUGGCACCGUCAUACGAUGCCACCUUUCCAACAAGUCAGUUUGUCAAAUUUCUGCCCUGCUAGAGCUGCCCCGGUCAACUGUAAGUGCUGUUAUUGUGAAGUGGAAACCUUUAGGAGCAACAACGGCUCAGCCGCGAAGUGGUAGGCCACACAAGCUCACAGAACGGGACCACAGAGUGCUGAAGCGCGUACCGUGUAAAGAUUGUCUGUCCUCGGUUGCAACACUCACUACCGAGUUCCAAACUGCCUCUGGAAGCAACGUCAGCACAAGAACUGUUCGUCGGGAGCUUCAUGAAAUGGGUUUCCAUGGCCGAGGAGUCUAAGAUCACCAUGCGCAAUGCCAAGCGUCGGCUGGAGUGGUGUAAAGCUCGCCGCCAUUGGACUCUGGAGCAGUGGAAACGAGUUCUCUGGAGUGAUAAAUCACGCUUCACCAUCUGGCAGUCCGAAUGACGAAUCUGGGUUUGGCAUAUUCCAGGAGAACGCUACCUGCCGAAUGCAUAGUGCCAACUGGAAAGUUUGGUGGAGGAGGAAUAAUGGUCUGGGGCUGUUUUUCAUGGUUUGGGCUAGACCCCUUAGUUCCAGUGAAGGGAAAUCUUCACGCUACAGCAUACAUUGACAUUCUAGACGAUUCUGUGCUUCCAACUUUGUGACAACAGUUUGGGGAAGGCCCUUUCCUGUUUCUGCAUGACAAUGCCCCCGUGCACAAAGCCAGGUCCAUACAGAAAUGAUUUGUUGAGAUCAUUGUGGAAGAACUUGACUGGCCUGCACAGAGCCCUGGCCUCAACCCCUUCUAACAACUUUGUGAUGAAUUGGAAUGCUGACUGCGAACCAGGCCUAAUUGCCCAACAUCAGUACCCGACCUAAUUAAUGCUAUUUUAGCAAGUCCCACAGCAAUGUUCCAACAUCUAGUGGAAAGCCUUCCCAGAAGUGUGGAGGCUGUUAUAGCAGCAAAGGGGGGACCAACUCCAUAUUAAUGCCCAUGAUUUUGGAAUGAGAUGUUCGAUGAACAGGUGUCCGUGUACUUUUGGUCAUGUAGUGUACCUUGUGAAGCAACUGCUCUCAAUUCCUCUCAAUCUCACAUUCCACUAGAAGAGAGUUCUAAACCUCUCUGCCAAUAACAGCUAAUUUUCAGUUUUCCCCUCCCCUCUCAGACCACUCACAGAAAGUCUUAGCAAAAUUCUUGCUUGAUAAUUUGCUCUUUGCUAAGAAGCUAUUUUUGUUUCUUUUUGACAAUUUUAAUUUAAAACAACCACAGUAAGGUACUUAAUAGUUACCCAGAAAUUAUUUGAUAUUCAGAUAAAAUCGGGUGCAUUAGACCUUUAAACAAGUGGCUGACUGUUGGUCAAGUACAGUUCUAAUGAAACAUACACCAUAAUACAAACAGUGUUUCGUAAUACUCUCCAUGAAAUCUGAAAUUAAGUUUAGCCAGUUCGAUGAAACAACUGAAUUUCAAAGUAAUCUUUCUGAUGUAUUUUUCUUGGAUGGAUCUGUUCAGUGAGACCUGGAAGGCUUGCUCUGACUAUGACAUCAUCCAUCUAAAAACUUUUGACACUAAAAGGGUAAGAGUGUGUGUGUGGCCGUACAUGGUUGUAUAACGUAUCCAUUACCUUGAAACAGGUGUGCUUCAAAGAUGUCGUGUUCUCCCUGCUCCCCAGGAUGAGAUAUGGGUUGUUCUAUAACACACCUUUGGUUCGUAUUCUGUCUAUCUCUUUAUGUGUAAUGGAAAUAUAGAGAUAGGAUUGCGCCGCCUAUGAGGAAAUCUGAAUCCAUUUGAACUGCUUGGGAUGUCCCUGCCUUUCUGACUCCAUGCCUUUUCUAAUUUUGAUCACACAGGCUUUAUGUCCGUGUUUUCUUUUCAUGCUUCUCGCCUCAUCAUGCCGUUUUCCUUUAUCAUCUGAUAUCCAGCUUGGUCAUGACUCAAAACAUGCCAUUUGGGUCAAAUAUUUAUGCUAUGUACUCAUCAUGUCCAGCUCUUAAGUUAUUUAAAUGAUCAUUUCAAUGAGAUUUAUGUAAAGAUGGUAUCAUUUAAAUACGUAGGUCUAGGGGGUCAGCCUUGAGGUGUGAAAUAUUGAUAGGUUAGCCUCAUAUCUGAUGCCUUGGAUUGCUCCUGCUGCUUAUAUCAUGUUUAUAUUCAUGUGCUUAUAUUUAUGACUGCUGUGCUCUGGCCUGUAGGAGUGAAUCGUAGACUUGUGCUAGGCAUGGAUUUAAAUUAUGUGUCUUUCCAUGUGGGUAUGGAAUGUGUUUGGAUUUGGCAGAGUUAUAUCAAAUUACGAUUUUCACUGUGUGUGUGUACGUGCGUGUGUGUGAGGAACAUUGAGUGUGUGUGCGUGCGUGGGUCAGACAGAUAGAACUGAUGGAUUUUUCUUGGUGUGUUAAUGGCAGAUAUCUGACUGCCACAGUGAAGGGUUGUUCAGGGCCUUCUCCCAGCAUGUUCUAUAUCGACUCAGCAUUCCACAGGAUGGACCCAAGGUAAGGAAUACUUACCACACACAUGCACACACACCUUUCCUCAUUGGUCUGUAACUCACCGAUACAGGCUUUACUGGUCUUUACGACCCCAGACUAAGUACAUUUGGCUAUAUCUUUACGACCACUGAAGGCGGUUGCGAGGAUGCAGCUCAUUGUGUAUUCACGGCUGAUGCUAAGAAUAUGCUAACAGCCUUCCUGUGAGAUGGCAGUGCUUGCGAUACCGUCUCCCAGCUGAAUAAGAGGUGUGCCCGGCCCUGACCGCCUCUCAGCUCCUCUCCUCCUUUCAUCCCUCUGAUUAAUGGUUCAGGGAGACACCAGUCUGCUCCUCUCUGCCAUUGUGUUCUACUCAUCAGAAUAUCAGCUCUCCUUAUGUACACACUGCUGUUUCAUGUCAUCCAUCUAAUAUGCUUUUAUAGUUGGGUAAAUGCAUUUAUUUGGCAUUAUGUGGUGGAGUGUUCCCUCUGGGUUUCUCCUGACAGUCUGUGUGGCUUGUGAUUGACCACUUCCACAGUUUCUCUGUUUUUAGCAUUAGGAGUUGUCUUCCUCAGGCUAUUUUCAACUCAGAUGGUACAAUGCCAGUGAGACUGAAAGGGAGUUUUGUAGGACUUUUAGCCACUAGAUGGUGAUGCUGUAUAGUAUAUUUGCUCUCUCACUUGUUAUAUCAACCCUCUGUGCUGUAGCUCUAUCAUCAAACAAUAUUUGUAAAAAAUGUAGGGAGCCUGCCCCUUAUUGGUCGUGGUCGUUUUCUACAAGUACAUAACGUUGAGAUUAAGGUCCUUGAAAAGCUAUGGAUGGGUUUACAGUUUUUCUCAAUCAUGUAAAAGCAUCUCUGGGAUCUGUGUUGAAACGUGUCUAUAGCAGCAAUGAUCAAAUGCUCAAAUACUUUUACAGAUCAUUUUCUUGCCUUUGUACCUGAGUUGCAUAUCUUAGACCCACUUUUGCUCAACUUUAAAUACAAAUGUCAUCAUUGAAUACAACAUUGUUUUAAUUGGAAGAGAAAUGUGUGCAAUUGUGUUCACUGUUUCCAGCAAUCAGUGUCAUACCAUGUACUAGGGAAAGAUCUAGGCAAUGGGGACUAAGUUAUAUGAUUUUUUACAAUAUUGUGGACAUGCAAAUAUUCCCAAUGGUGGAACAAGCUCCCCCACGAUGCCAGGACAGCGGAGUCACUGACCAACUUCCAGAGACACUUGAAACCCUACCUCUUUAAGGAAUACCUGGAAUAGUAUAACAGUAAUCCUUCUACCCCCCUCCCCCACCCCCCAUAAAUAUUAUUUUUUUAAAGGUGGUUGUCCCGCUGGCUGUCCUAAGUUCAAUGCACCAAUUUGUAAGUCGCUCUGGAUAAGAGCGUCUGCUAAAUGACUUAAAAAUGCAAAGAUGGGACCUUCCAUUAUAGAGCUUUGAUGUGGAUUGAGGCCUAUACAUUCAUAUCAGCUGUGUUCUUCUGUUGUAUUCACCUUUUCUUAUUUCUAUUGUGGAUUGUGUUUCUGUGCGCCAAUGAAAAGUCUACAAAACAAUGAGCAAACCAACCUUUUGUAUUGAAUACAUGGAAUUGGAUUGUGAUGAUACCGAUGGAUGAAUCCUGCACACAAUGUGCUUAUUCUUUUCCACUUUUUAUCAGGAAUAAUAUUUGAUUUGAUUUAUAUGAAAUUGUUUAGUCAAAUAUGCAUAAAAGGAGAGUAAUUGCCCAUAAUUCUACACCUUUGGAUAGUUGUAUUUCCAAUGUUGAUCAUCAUGAUUAAGUGACUGCAAAUAAAAUGUAUUGAUCUAUUGGGAUUCUAAAAAGACAGACUAACUUUCUGUUUUGUGUGCUUGGACUCAAGAGAUAUUUUUUCAGGCAGUCGUGUUCUUUUUAUUAAUGUUUUUGCAGUUUUGAUGGUGGGAUAAUUUUUAUGAAUGUACUGUAUUCAUGUUUUGAGAAGGCAACUACAUUUUGAAAGUGCAUUUACUGUUUUGCAAAAGGACACAGAGAUUCUGUGUCUUGUCGACUCUGUUUUGAAAAUCAACAAAAUUGUUCCAAGAAAUGCUUGUACGCGAUUGAGAAAAACGGUAUUAUGUGAAAUGCUGGAGUUCAUCUUCUGCAAUUCCUGUUAAUGGACCAUAUUCAAUAUACAUGUCAUAUUUAUAUAAUGUCAAGUAUCGUAAGUAUCAUCUCACUACACCUGAUCCUUAUGCUCCUGUUUUCAGGAGGGGAGGAUUCGUGUCACAUUGUUGGCACGCAGCACAGACUACCGUAAGAUAUUAAACCAGGAGGAGGUGAGUCCAGUCUGAGGCAGCACUGCCCACUCUCUGCUCCUUUCCUUCCUCCCUCCCUCCAUUGAUUUACUGCCUCCUCCAGCUCUUAACUGGCCGUUUAAAAUCUUAUUUCAACUGGCGGAGUAAAAUACCUGUGAUUUAUGCGGCCAGUGUCUGUGUUUGUUCCUCUCAUUGAUCAGAGAAUGCAUCUCACUGUGUUCAUACAGCUCAUAAAUGCCCUGAAGACCGUGCCUUUACUCGAGGUCAGAGUGGUGGAUUACAAAUACAAGUGAGUGUGAAAAGUUUGUAUUCUUUAGACGCAUAUAAAGGGGAGUAUUGGUGGAGGAAUCAUAUGGUACUGCUGGAGGACCUAAGGCUGCAGCACAAAGGGAAUUGAGUAACAGGUGUAUUUUAUUGUCUGACACCUCUAUUAGAGUGGGGUAAAUAUUGAAUGUACAGUGAAUGGUAUAGUAUGUUGGAGUGAAGUCAGUAGGGGCAUUAUGAGUUAAGUAGUAAGUUAAAUAAUUUAGCAUUUGAUGUGAGGGCUGCAGGUGCUAGGUGUGUGACAUCUAUCUAUCAGUCUAUCUGUCUUUUCUUGUCUUGUCUGUAGGGAUGUCCCGUUCCUGGAACAGCUCAGGAUUACCCACAACUCUGACAUCUUCAUCGGGAUUCAUGGGGCGGGACUUACUCACCUGCUCUUCCUCCCUGAUUGGGCCGUCAUCUUUGAGCUGUGAGUGACACUGUUCAGUCUGCCUGUGUGUGUCUAAAACAGCUUUAUGUCUUUGGGUUUUUCUGUGUCUGUGUAUCUGUCUGUUCCACUGGAUCCUUGUCUGUCUGUCCCUCCAUGCUCUGUGGACGGUGUAGUACGGGCGAACAGGGCAGAGCGCUCCCUGUGCCGUUUGUGCUGGAUAUAGUGAUAUCUGUGUGAUGGGUCUGGCAGCGUGCUGUGCUCUGUAAGAGCUGUUAGCCCUUAGCCAUUAAGUGCAGCAGUGAAAUACGGCCUAAUUAAACAGGCAUUCCUCAGGCAGGGCCAGGCAGGGCUGGGAGGCAUACUGAGAGAAGAGAGCAAGAGCAGGAGAUAAAGUGUCUGCAGCUGUUCUCCACAGAUAUAACUGUCAGGAUGAGAGCUGCUAUCGAGAUCUGGCUCGGCUGCGGGGGAUCCAAUAUGCGACUUGGCAAAAAAGGGACAAAGUGCUCCCAGAAGAUAAGGUGGGAAACUCUAGUGCCGCUCCUGCCACCUCCACCUAACUCACUGCCCCAGAUCCCCAGAGACACCUUACCAAUCCUCACCUGUAGCUGCAGCAUGUAUCACCAGACUCAUCUGUCAUUUUUAUUUUAGUAUAUACACUCACGUUGCCUCGCACACACACUCACAAAUCGCAGACCUGCAGUGCAGUGUUCAUAAAGACUGAAAGACUCUUUCUUUCACUCUCCCCCCCCCCCCCCCCCCCCCCCCCCCCACACCUCACACACAGGGUCACCAUCCCUCCCUGGGGGAGCAUCCUAAGUUCACCAACUACUCCUUUGACGUGGAGGACUUCAUGCGUCUGGUGCUGGAAGCAGCAGACUACGUCCUGAACCACCCCAAGUGGAAGCCCCAGCCCAGGCGUGAUGAA